AAAACCACCAGUAAGCAGGUAAUGUGCAGUAAAAACGUCAAUUUAUUUAUUGGGUAAAUAAAUACAAGGAGAGGUAUAUAAUUUGACAGGUAAAUUAUAUUUGAUGAUUUCAUAUCUGCAUCACAUAAAACAAAAACUUGUUGGGAUUUCUUUCAAAUCUGAAUUCGACAGUGUCACGAAUCCUUGUGACCCCACGUCUUUGUUAACCCCUCAUUUAAAUCAAUAUAUUCAUUAACGCUGGAGAUCCCUCCAUAGGUCACAGUGCCACUGUAAUCCGUUUUCACGGUGAAAACGCGGCCCCACGGAGCGGAGCCCGGCGUGCGUAAAAAGGUGCCACACCAGGCUCACAUCAGGGAUGAAUGGGACAGGGAGAGGUGUGUGUGUGUGUGUGUGUGCGCGUGUGCAUGUGUGCUCUUGUGCGCGCCGCGCACGGCCCAAAUUACACGCAACAAAGGUUCAGCCACAACCGGAUUCCGACAAAAAAACGCAUCCAAAAGACCUUGACCCGGGGUCAGCCGCGUCCUGCUCUGCCCCCUCUGAGCAAAACAGUUAAGAAACAAAAGAAAUAACAAAUAGGAAAAUAAAAACCCGACAUCGCCGAAAGUGAGAUUUUUAUAUAAAAAAAGUUUAGUCUCAGAGAGAAGCUCCUGGUGAGGGUUUAUUUCUCUUUUCCUUCAUCUAAUUUCGUUUUCUUUUAUUUAUUCAUUCAUUUAUUUAUUUGUAAAGGAGCGGACAUCAACCGUUCAGCCUCUUGAUUGAUGAUUUAAUUAGCCAUACAGUCUCGAACUGCAGGAGGACAGGAGGCAAAAUAAUACUUUAUUUACAUGGCCAAUCAGGGCGCAGCAAAGGUGGAGCUUCCUCUCUCUCUCCCUCUCUCUCUCUCUCGCCCCCUCACUCCCUCUCCCACUCUCACUCUUCCAAGUCUGACAUGGCUUAGAUGGUUGACUUGGUUAAAUAAAUGCGUAAUACUCCCUGUUAAGUGCCGUCGAAAACUGGGGGAAAAAAAUCACUGCAAUAAGGUUGUUUUAUCCCGAUGAUAUUCCCAGAGUAUUAAUCCUACGGGAGCCGGUAGGAUUAAUACUAUGUCUCCCAGUGGUGACUGUGAAAACUCACUUUAUUGCACUUCUGUGGUGCGUUCGCGGCUCCUUUAUUAUCGCCGCUAUUUUCCCACCAGAGCUCGUCCGUCUGUAACAACGACAAUUAUUCCUGACCCCUUUUUGAGCACAAUUGUUGAACAUGAAAUAUGUAUACGUUAUCAAGUGACACAUACAUCAUAAUAUUUGUACUGAAAUAAGGUGUGGAAAUAUAUAUACAUAUAUUAUUAUAUUUGUUACAGUUAGAGGCAGUAGAACACCAACAGGUAUCGUCCAUGCCUCAGGUAAAGGCCUGACUUUACAGCUGGUGAAAUCAUUUUUAUUAUCACGCUGAAAUUUUUAGAACAAAUGUUCUCGUUUCUUACAGAAUUAGAAGGACUUUUGAUUUGAUUUUUUUUUUUGCUUAAUUCUGCAGAAAAACAAAAACGAAUUUAGUUUUUUUUACUUUGUUUCAAUUAAAAACAAAGUACAAUUUUGAAUUAAAAUUGUGUCCGAGACGAAGACAAAAAUGAAAACAACAAAACAUGUUUUACACGAAAUGACACUUAUUUGAGAAUUUACAGUAAGGACCCGGACAGACGCAGUGACUCUCCCCGGACUUCCGCUUCACUUCGCGCAGCAUCCCUGUCUACAACGUGACAUUUCUGCAAAUGGAAACCAAUGGAAAGACACGAAUUAAAAAUAUUAAUAACAACAAAUCCUUACAUGACUGCGGACAGCGUGGACGAGCUCCAAGUUUCUUCCCCUCUUCACUACACACACACACACGCACAAACACACAUACACACAUAGAAAUGCACGCAUCCAAAAGAGGAAAAGAAGGGGAAAAAUACAGUGUCUUCUGUUCUUUGCUCCUCAGUCGAAGUCCGACAUAGUUGGUUUCACUCAAAAAGAGCCGAGAUGGAGAAAGAGAAGAGAGAGUGAAGGGAGCGAGAGAGGGGGGAGAAUGAAGAAGGGGAAGGAAGGAGGGAAGGAGGGAGGGUGAAAAAAAAAAAACUUCACGUUCAGCCCAGAAGAUGCUCACGUUUGGCUCUCCUCAAUUAUCCCCUCCCGUGAAGAUAGGUGGCGUGCGUUUCAGGGGGCUUCUCCUCCUCUGUGUUACAUGGCAAAGAAAAGGAGGUGGAAAGAGGAGAAAGAAAUGUCAUUAGAAGAGGCGUAACACGUCAGUCCCUACCCAGGUUUGUUUCCUGGAGUGGGUGUAAGACAUCAGUUGUAAACCUGCCCUAGCAGGAAUAGCGGUCCCUCCCUCCUCCCAACUAUUUCUAAGGCUUUAUUUCUAAGGCUUUAUUAUCACCGGUGGAACAGGAUCCGCUCACCGACGCUGCUCCGGUAUCAUCAUCAUUAUCCUCCUGCCACCUUUUCCUCGCUACUCCCGUCCACACACGGCUCUUUUUGCUCCUCUUUAAAAGCAGACAGACAUCAGACAAGGCUUGAAAACCAAGACGGAAUCGACUCCAUGCGAGCUGCCAUCUGAUCCCGCACGCACUUAUCAAUGAGGCAAGAGAUCAUGGCGGAUGGCCCCAGGUGUAAGAGGCGAAAACAAGCCAACCCCCGACGGAAAAACGCAGCUCUCAACUAUGAGAACGUGGUGGAAACAGGCUCUGAAACAGAGGAGGAGGACAAGAUGCCCGUGUCUGAGGAAGACCCCCUGAUCAACGGUACAGGAAGUCCCGCGAGCCUCACCAACCCAGAGGCUUCUCCCCGCGCGGAGAGCCAUGGCCUGCUGUCCAAGGAGGAGGAGGACGACGAGAUGAGGGACAGCGGCGUGGAACACAUUUGGCCCGACAACGACAUGCUGAGUGCCUCAGUGGACGGUACUGAUGAAAUGAAAGAUGAUUUCGACAACCUAGGGCCUGAUGCCACUUUACAGGCGGUUGGAAACGGUACAGUCAAGAGCGUCAAUUGCACUUCAGAGUUUGAGGACUUCUUCGCCAAGCGGAAGCUGGACGAUGGUGACAGCCACGUAGUGAGCAUUGCCGAAUAUUUGCAACGGGGUGACACGGCCAUCAUCUACCCAGAAGCCCCAGAGGAGCUGUCCCGUUUGGGAACACCAGAGGCCACAGGACCAGAGGAGAACGACCUGCCACCUGGAACGCCAGAUGCCUUUGCCCAACUGUUGACCUGCCCCUACUGUGACCGGGGCUACAAGCGCUUGACUUCGCUGAAGGAGCACAUCAAGUACCGCCAUGAGAAGAACGAGGAGAACUUUGCCUGCCCCCUGUGCAACUACACGUUUGCUUACCGCACUCAGCUUGAGCGGCAUAUGGCCACACACAAACCUGCAAGGGAUCAGCACCAACUGCUCAACCAGGCAGCCAGCAACCGCAAGUUCAAAUGCACCGAGUGUGGAAAGGCCUUUAAAUACAAGCACCAUCUGAAGGAACACCUUCGAAUUCACAGUGGUGAGAAACCCUACGAGUGCCCCAACUGCAAGAAGCGGUUCUCCCACUCGGGCUCCUACAGCUCCCACAUCAGUAGUAAAAAGUGCAUCGGCCUGAUUGCUGUUAAUGGAAGGAUGCGUAACAACAUGAAGACAGGCUCGUCACCCACCUCUGCCUCUUCCUCACCCACCAACACUGCCAUUACCCAGUUGAGGCAGAAGCUAGAGAACGGCAAACCCCUCGGGUUACCCGACCAUAACAGCCACCUUAGCAUCAAGACCGAGCCACUUGAUUUCAAUGACUACAAGCUGAUGAUGGCAUCCCAAGGAUUUGGCCCCCCGGGACCGUUUAUGAACGGCAGCAUGGGAGGUACCAGUCCACUGGGGAUCCACCACAACUCAACAGCCCCCAGCCCUCUGCAGCACCUGGGGAUUGCCGGUCUUGAGUCACAGCUUCUUGGCUACCCAGGUCCAUUAGGGAACAACUUGAGCGAGGUGCAGAAGGUUCUUCAGAUUGUGGACAACACUGUGUGCAGGCAGAAAAUGGACUGCAAACCCGAGGAGCUCUCAAAGCUGAAGGCCUACAUGAAGGAGCUUGGGUCCCAGGUUGAAGAGCAAAAACAGGCACUGGCAUCAGCGGGGGCUCAGGUCGGGCUUCCACUGGUCAAUCACAAUGGAGCCACCAAAAGCAUCAUUGACUACACAUUGGAAAAAGUCAACGAAGCCAAAGCCUGCCUCCAGAGCUUAACGACAGACUCCAAGAGACAGAUAAGCAAUAUCAAACGCGAGAAACCCAACCACAUGCUUGAAGGAGGUGUGGAGGAGAAAGUGCAGGAAAACAUGUUUACGCCUUAUGCUUGCCAAUAUUGUAAAGAAACCUUUCCUGGGCCAAUACCUUUGCACCAGCAUGAACGCUAUCUGUGCAAAAUGAAUGAGGAGAUCAAAGCUGUGCUUCAGCCCAGUGAGAAUUUGCUGCCCAACAAGCCAGGGAUCUUCAUGGAGAAGAACAGUCACUUACCUUCCCCGAUGUUGUCUGAGAAGGGACUCACUGCACCUCUUAACCCUUACAGGGACCACAUGUCUGUGCUGAAGGCAUAUUUUGCCAUGAACAUGGAGCCCAAUUCAGAGGAGCUGCUCAAGAUUUCCAUAGCCGUCGGCCUUCCUCAGGAAUUUGUCAAGGAGUGGUUCGAGCAGAGAAAGAUGUACCAGUACGGCACUAUCAGAACACCACCACUAGAGCACAGGAACAACAAUGAUAUGGUUGUCGGAACAAAUAACCACCACACUCCACCAAAAGACUCAAUGGCAGCUAGGUCGCCUGUUUCACUAAUCAAACCUACUGAUCACAUCACCUCGCCCUCCAUAGCAGAGCUCCAUAACAAUGUUAACAACUGUGACAACCCCCUCAGACUCUUGAAAAACCACCAGUUCAGCAGCAGCGGCGCCAAACCUGCAGGUGAAAAGAUGGACCACUCCCGCAGCAACACCCCCUCACCACUGAAUCUCUCCUCCACAUCCUCCAAAAAUUCUCACAGCAGCUCUUACACUCCAAACAGUUUGACUUCAGAAGACCUGCAGGCAGAGCCACUGGACCUCUCACUGCCGAGACUCAUGAAGGAACCCAAGCAUGCACUGACUGUCAAAAGCAGACCUAAAGUCAACAGUAUUAGCAUUGAGCAUAACAGCGUUCCCUCGCCCCGUGAGCACUUCGAAGAGCCUUUGAACUUGGCCUAUCUCAGGAAGGACUUCUCAGGCUCUACCAACAAUGGAAACCUAGAAAAGAGCACUAGCCCCAUCUUCAGUAUUAACCCAUUUGCUGCCAAACCCCUCUACACGUCACUUCCUCCUCAGAGCGCUUUUCCACCUGCUACAUUCAUGCCCCCGAUGCAGGCUAGCAUACCGGGUUUAAGGCCCUAUCCAGGCAUGGAUCAGAUGGGCUUCCUGCCGCACAUGGCCUACACUUAUGCGGCAGGGGCGGCAACCUUUGCCGAGAUGCAGCAGAGGAGGAAGUACCAGAGGAAACCAGGUUUCCAGGGGGAUCUGCUCGACGGUACGCCAGAUUACUUGUCAGGGCUGGACGACAUGACAGACCCCGACUCCUGUCUGUCGCGGAAGAAGAUUAAGAAGACUGAAAGUGGUAUGUACGCGUGUGACUUGUGCGACAAAACAUUCCAGAAGAGCAGUUCCCUUCUAAGACACAAAUAUGAACACACAGGCAAGAGACCGCACCAAUGUCAGAUCUGCAAGAAGGCGUUCAAACACAAACACCAUCUCAUCGAGCACUCCAGACUGCACUCUGGUGAGAAACCCUACCAGUGCGACAAAUGUGGAAAGAGGUUCUCUCACUCGGGCUCCUACUCGCAGCACAUGAACCACCGCUACUCCUACUGCAAGCGAGAGGCCGAGGAGCGGGAGGCAGCGGAGAGGGAGGCCCGCGAGAAGGGUCACAUGGAGCCCACGGAGCUGCUGAUGAGCCGAGCGUUCUUGCAGGGCAUGACACCUCAGGGUUACCCAGAGAUGGCAGAGCGCGAGGCCAUCCUGAGGCACGACGCGGUGAACGGAGGGAUGAGAGACGGACGGAAGGAAGUAGAAGGAACGUAUGGCAAGAUUGCUGGACGGAGAGAGGAUGAGUUUGAGGAAGAGGAGGAGGAAAUCAAGAGCAUAAACACGGACCCAGACACGUUGAGGGAUGAGGAAGAGAAUGGAGAGCACUCGAUGGACGAUAGCUCGCUGGACGGCAAAACGGAAACCAAAUCGGAUCACGAGGACGCGGUAGAGGAUGGCAUGUAAUCACUUAAAAAAAAAAAAAAAGCUUCCCAUCUUAAAAAAAAGUUUUAAGUUUCUCUCUUUGGGUUCAGUAUUCUUAUCUACUUCGGUUUAAAACACUGUUUUAAGCUGUUCGUGCACGUGCCUGAAGCUUCCGGGAAGCUUUCUUCAACAGACUCCUCAUGGGGGGAAAGAAAUGUCUGCCAAACAAGACAUGGACUCAAAAAAAUCAAUCUGGAGAGAGGAGGUGUUUAGGGAAAGGGAGGCAUGGGUUUGUGAAAUAAGCUGCAUUAUGCAAAACCGAACAAUGAAUAAAUGAAUACAUUUCAAAAAAAAAAAAAUGUACAGUACUAAGGCCUAAAAAUAUGUGUGGUGCUAACCUCCUCAAAAUAAACCCCCCUGUGUUCCAUAGUAUUUAUAGCACAACUAGUGACUUGUACAAAUUGCACUCCACUUCUAUAAUCACGAACAAAAAUAAUAAAAAGUAUUCCCUGUGUAUAUAUUUAUACAGUGUUGGAAAAGAGCAGUACGGUCUGCCCUGCAGUCAUUGGAUAUGACCUUUGUUAUCACCCUCCUUCCUCACAGUGUCGUCUUCAGUUUUGCCCUGUUGCCCGGACCGCGGACGUCUCCAGCCACACUGUUUUAGGCCUCAUGAAUCAACUUCACGAAAUGAAGAAAUAUAAACAAAAAGACUGUAUGAAGGAAUUUAGAGGCGGGGCUUUUUUAAAAAGGGGGUUGAAGUUUUAAUGACACCUUCAUUUUAAGGGAAAUACAGUUUAUGGACAGAUAGUAUUGGGGGAAAAUGAAGGAAUAAGCCUUUGUAAGGUGUUUUUGAAGAAAAAAAAAGAAGCCUUAUAUGCAAACCUUUUAACCUGUGUGUUUUCUGCAAGUGCCACCCCUGUUUUGUGUAAAAGGAAGGUUUUUUUUCUGUUUUUUUUUUUUUUUCACCAGCUUCAGUAUUAUGAAAUGGUUCAUUGUUGUUCUUUGGAGCACCUGUGUCAGUAUUAAGACUUAAUAGGCAUCAGUUCCUUAGUUUACAUUAUGUUGUGCAAUGUUUUCUCAGUUUUAUUCUCUUUGAAACUUUGUCAGUAUUACACCAAACCACUUUUUUUAAACAACAGAAUUGCAUUCAUUUUAUUUGUAGGUUGAAAAAAAAACAUUAUUUAUGUGGCCCAUUUUAUAAUUCCUAAUUUUAUUUAUUUCAUACUGUUGUGUACAGUACUAUAGGUCUUCAAUAUAUAGAUAUAUUUUAGUAAAAAAGGAACAUGGUGUCGAUCAUAUGGGGGAAAUUUUACGUAAAGAGAGCAUUUAUUGUGUUUUGAAACAUUGUGAAAUGCGAAGUUUAAUCUUAUUUUAUUUUAUUUCCUCUAUUUUCCAGUUACUGGAAAAUUCCAAAUUUGGGAACUUUUAUACAAUUGUGAAAACACUGUAUUUUCGACUGAAAAAAUUCCACUUUCUUCAUCUUUGUUUCUUUUUUUAAGCUAAAAAAAUGAAGAGGGACUGUUAAAUACUAUGUAUGAUAUCAUGACUGAAGAAAAAUCUUUCCUGAAAUGUCUUUGUAAAAGUAUUAUUGAAUUCUUAAUUUGUAAUUUCUCUUGAAAAUGACCCUGCUCGAAUAAAAGUAGCCAAAUUACAGAGUA